GAUUCUCCCAUAAACAUGCAAGACUGUUUUGAUUCAUAUUUCGAGCCAAUCACGUGUGAAGAUGAUCGAGUGAAAUGUCCAACUUGCAAAGAGCUGGUGAUCACAGAGAUUACAUGUAAUAUACAUAAACCUCCUCCAGUUCUGGUUGUGCAGCUGGAGAGUUUUCAACUGGGAUCCAACAAUUACAAGAAGAACACGUAUAAAGUUGAAAUUCAGCUGCAGUUAUCAGUUCAAGACGACGGUGGAGUUCAACACGAGUAUGAUUUGUUUGCUGUGGUGAAACACUCGGGAUCCUUUCAGUGGGGACAUUACUAUUCAGUCAUCAAGUCAUUUGAGGAUCGUCAGUGGUACGAGUGUAACGACAGCUCUGUGCGCAAGAUACCUGAUUUAAAAACCCCUUCUACUGUGAGAAGGCCUUUCUUCUUCUGUACACAAAAAAAUAAUCAGAUACUUCUGGAUCUAACUCUGAUCUUCAACCCGGAGGAAACUCUCUCUGGAUCCAGAGAAUCAAUCAGAAGACAGGAGAGAGUCUGAUGCAACCGCCAACGCCCAACAAAAACCAUCAGAUGAAUCUAAAUCAGUCCCAGAACAUCAAGAGAUGAGGCUAAAACACGUACCACGUACCUGCAGAAAAUGUCCCUCAUGGUCCUGAUGCAACAGCAAACACAGAAAAGAACUAAAUAUUCAACAAAAUACAAUCUUUGGGUCUUUAAAACAUGUCUGCGAUCAUCAGACCCACUGCGAUAUCUAAGACGAGUUUUAGUCAGCAUUCGACUCAAGGAAUCAUAAGAAAAAAGAUUUUGGUUUCUAGCCUUUACUGUUCAAAAGUCAUAGAAAUGCAGCUUUCAGUCUGUGAUUAUAAAGUUUGAGUUAGAGAGAGUUAGCUGUGGAUAGAUUUACUAUAUAUUUAUAUAUAUAUAUUUAGAGUAAUGGAAAUCAAUUACAAUUCUUGACUUCACCAACAUUGUGAAAUCUUUAUCAGAAUUCUUUUCAGUGUCACUUUUCUCAUAUAUAUUGUCAUUUUUCCUUGACCCAAUAAAAAUAACAUUUGUGA